AUGGGGCUUUUUCGCAAUUGUGAAGCAUGUUUCGCAUUUGAAAGGCUUGUUCAAAAUGCAAGGCCAUGGUUGAACCUUGAGUCAAUUGUGGAGCAAGUUGGAGCUCUUCCAAGCGCCACUGAGGCGAAUCCUAAGGCAUCUAUUAAUGUCGUGUCAUUGAGGAAUGGGAGACAAUUAGAAGAAGUACAGUCCAAAAAGAGAAAACAAGUGAUCUUUAAUGAGAAGUCGACCACCAUAGAGGCAGAAUCAGAAAAAUCAAUGGAGUCAGAGAAGCCAACUGAAAAGCUGCAAAUCAAUAUUCCACUGGUAGACAUCCUUCAAGAAGUGCCCAAAUAUCCUAAAUACAUCAAGGACAUAGUGGCAAAUAAAAGGAGGUUGACUGAGUUCAAGACUUUGGCACUCAUUGAGGAAUGUAGCUCAGGGAUUCAAAGCAAGCUACCUCAAAAAUUGAAGGAACCAGGUAGUUUCACUAUCCAAAUCUCGAUGGGUAAGCAUGCAGUCGAGAGAGCUUUGUGUGAUCUUGGAGCGAGCAUCAAUAUAAUGCCACUAUCUAUGUUCAGACAGUUGGGGUUGGGUGAGCCGCACCCAACAAUGGUAAACUUACAGUUGGCUUAUUGCUCCCUUGCUCAUCUUGAAGGAGUGAUUGAAGAUGUGUUAGUUCAAUUGGGUUCUUUCAUAUUUCCUGCUGAUUUCACUAUCUUGGACUACGAGUUUGAUCAGGAAGACCUAUUUAUUUUGGGGCAUCCAUUCUUAGCCACAGGUUGA